CUCCAUCUGAGCCUUGUUGUUAUUAUUCUGAGCUAACUGUCAACCAGAAAGCCACCUGUUUUAAACUUAAACAUCAACAUGUCUUCCGACUUUGAAGCAUACGAGCAGGACUUCGGAACCAUUACAGCAGAAGUAACUAACAAAAUUGGCAGAAUUCCCAAACUAAGUGGAGAGGAGAAGACACAGCUGGUUCUAAAUGUUGACAAACAGCUUGAAGAAGUCAGAGAGUUGCUGGAGCAGAUGGACCUGGAGGUGCGGGAGAUUCCCAUCCAGAGUCGAGCCAUGUACAACAGCAGACUGAAGAGCUACAAGCAGGAAAUGGAGAAGCUGGAGAAAGACUUUAAAAGGUCACGUAUUGCCUACAGUGAUGAGGUGCGCAACGAGCUCCUGGGGGAUGACGCCAGCUCCUCCGAGAGCCAGAGAGCACAUCUGUUGGACAACACAGAGAAGCUGGAAAGGUCAUCACGGAGACUGGAGGCCGGCUACCAGAUAGCAGUAGAAACUGAACAAGUGGGUCAGGAGAUUCUUGCCAACCUGCACACUGACCGUGAGAAGAUCCAGAGAGCCAGAGAAAGACUGAGAGAAACGGACGCCAACCUGGGCAAGAGUUCUCGCAUCCUUACCGGCAUGCUGAGAAGGUAAGAGGCAGGAUCAUCCAGAAUCGUAUCCUGGUCUUCGUUCUCGGAGCCAUCAUCCUUCUCACCAUCAUCCUGGCCAUCUAUUUCAAUCUGCGAGGCCACUGAUCUCCCCUCUACACACACAUACACACACACCCCCCCCCCCCCUUCCCCGACACAAAUACAAACACACACACGCGUGAUUAAUAGCGACAAAAGCGUUGUUCUGCUGUAAUUAGGACAAAUGGUCCCCAUGAAUCACUGUUUCCAAAGCCUGACAGGGAGCUUUUUUCCAUCUCUUUCUCCUUUCCUGUUUGCUGUCUCCUCUCUUUCUUUCCCCCUCUACCUUUUUUCCCCCACUUUGCGCUUCUCUCUUUCUUUCUUUCUUCUUUUUCUUUUCUCCCCUUUAGCUUUGUCCUCCCUCUAUCAGGCUUUCUCUUACAUCUCCCGGGACAAGAAUUGGGGGUGGAGAUGUUUUUACGAUAGUUAAUAUUUUUCAUGGUGUCAUCCUCAGUGUGGUUUUGCAGCUCGUCCUGUCCCCAGGUGAACAAGUCCUGGGGAUUUUUUUUUUUUGUAACUCCUAGUUUUUUUUGCAGAUUCGGAUAUGUAAUUUUUUUUUUUUUUCUUUUCUUUGAGGGAGGUGAGUCAAGUGUUAUUCAGGGUGUGUGUGUGUGUGUGUGUGUGUGUGCGUGCAUGAGAGACAGAGAGAAAGACAAGCAUGAGAGCGUUGUGCGCAUAUAUGUAUGUUCACGCAUGUGCACGAGUGACAGUCAUGCAGUGGGGGACCCACACUGUGUUUGUUAUUAACACCAACAGUAGACACACAUACUGUAUGAGCUUCAGUAACUAAAUGAUUCAGCUCUUCUCAUGUAGCCCCUACACAGCACAGAGGACAGUGCCUUCAGAUAAGAUAUGCUGUUCACACUCCUUCUUUAAAAAGCUCAGCAGAGCCCAAAAUAGACAAGUGGCGCUGCCUUGAAUAGAGAGGAUGCACAUAAAAAGGUUGAGGUCAGUUCAGUCAAUCAAGGUGAAAGUUAAUUUUUUGUGAGAAGGAACUGUUUAUUUUGAAUUAUUGCAUUUAGGAACAGACAUAUGAUUAUUUCAAGAGAGUUUGGAGAUAGAAAUAAAUUAAAUAAAGUUUUCUUUUAAUGUGGUUUUAAUGCAAAAGGGAACUGACCCCAAUCUUACAGAGAAAGUUUUCUUCUACAUCAUAACCAACUAUAAUAUCCACAUUUGGUACAAUUCCCCUGAACCUCCCAAACACAGAUUUCCACAGCGCAUCCCCAUGGACAUAACUGUCAUUAUGGAAAGUUAUAGGCAUCAUACUGUAUGUACUAACAUUUAAAUCUACUUCAUGUAUAGUGUUUUGCUCUCAAUACAAGUGAUUCUGUUUCUGUUUAUUUAUAAAUACAUAAAUGAGUUUUCAAUUAAAGUUUCUGUGUUAGAACUGUAUAUUUUAAGAAGUUUAUAGGUAUUCAGAAUUACCAUUAACAACAUUUAGUUUUCUUGAUUUCAGGUGUUCAGUGAGUAGACUAAAUGCAGACUGCACACCAGGACCAACUGAAACGUGUGGAUUUCUAGUUUUCUGUCUUAAAGGUUUUUUAAUUUUCUUCUAUUCUUAUAAAUGGAUCUAACUUGUUUUAGAACUUGUACUUUCUGUUCCAUAUUUUCCUUGUAAAGUUCUGAAGAUUG